GCGGGUUUCGAGUAGGUUUCCAGCACCCGAGCCCUGUCUCUUGGAGAUGCACUUCUUCUCACCUAAGGACAUGGAUGAAAAUGAGGACAGCCAGUCUCCAGCGCCAAGCUAUCAGUAUCCAAAAGAAACACUGAGGAAGCGCCAGAACUCAGUGCAGAAUUCGGGAGGAAGUGUGUCUUCUAGGUUCUCCAGGAAAAGCUUCAAGCUGGAUUACAGACUAGAGGAGGAUGUAACUAAAUCGAAGAAAGGAAAAGACGGGAGAUUUGUUAACCCGUGGCCAACAUGGAAAAGCAUCUCUGUCCCAAAUGUGCUCAGAUGGCUGAUAAUGGAGAAGGAUCACAGCGGUGUUCCAGGCUCCAAAGAGGAACUUGACAAAGAACUCCCAGUACUUAAGCCAUAUUUUAUCAGUGACCCUGAAGACGCUGGAGUGAGAGAGGCUGGCUUACGAGUCACGUGGCUGGGACAUGCAACGCUGAUGGUGGAAAUGGAUGAACUCAUCUUCCUCACGGAUCCCAUGUUCAGCUCUCGCGCCUCUCCCUCGCAGUACGUGGGUCCAAAGCGGUUUCGCCGUGCCCCGUGUACAGUAAGCGAGCUCCCCCCAAUAGAUGCCGUGCUCAUCAGUCACAACCACUAUGACCAUCUGGACUACGGCUCCGUCCUCGCGUUGAAUGAGCGGUUCGGCAGUGAGCUGAGAUGGUUCGUGCCGCUGGGCCUUCUCGACUGGAUGCAGAAAUGUGGCUGCGAGAACGUGAUUGAGCUGGACUGGUGGGAGGAGAAUUGCGUCCCUGGCCACGAUAAGGUCACCUUCGUCUUCACGCCUUCCCAACACUGGUGUAAAAGGACCCUCCUGGACGACAACAAGGUUCUGUGGGGCAGCUGGUCUGUGCUCGGGCCUUGGAAUCGGUUCUUCUUUGCUGGGGAUACUGGCUACUGCCCUGCUUUUGAAGAGAUUGGGAAAAGGUUUGGUCCUUUUGACCUUGCGGCUAUUCCCAUCGGAGCUUAUGAACCAAGAUGGUUUAUGAAAUACCAGCAUGCUGACCCAGAAGAUGCUGUAAGGAUUCACAUUGACGUUCAAACAAAGAAAUCUGUGGCAAUUCACUGGGGGACUUUUGCCUUGGCUAAUGAGCAUUACUUAGAGCCACCGCUGAGGCUGAGUGAAGCUUUAGAGAGAUACGGACUUUCCUGUGAGGAUUUCUUCGUCCUGAAGCAUGGAGAGUCGCGGUACUUGAAUACUGAUGAUAAAGCUUUUGAAGAAACAUGAAAAUAGGAAUUUUCAUGACAACAAAUGAAAAGACUAAGAAAUUCAAAUAUUAUGACACUUUUCACAAGGAAAUAAUUUCUGCAAGUGUGUAUUUUGUUUUGUAUUAUAACUUGCCAACUGAUAAGACUCCCUUAUAUAAACUAUGGAAGUCUAGGGAUGGGUUAUUUAAGAAACUGUCCAAUAUAGAUUUUUAAAAAAAUCAUACCAAUGAUACAAACAUUACAAAAUAUUAUUUUUUAUCAAAACACUCUAUUUUAGUGGCAGUAAAAUUUCUGAGGUUGUGAAAAACUGACAUUAAAGUUCCAUUUUUCUAUUCAGGGCUUUCUACAAAGGAGAGUCUAGCUUACUUACCUAGAUCACACGCAUGCGUGCGUGUACGUGCAAGUGCGCAUACACACACCUUUCUUAUUAUAUUCAUAUAAUGAUAAGCUUGACCUCCACGGUGAUUAACUGCUGGCCGUGCAGAUGUACGCCUGCAGUCCAGGACUCCAAAGGAUAAGGCAGACAGAUGACAAGUUCAAGGCCAACUAGAGCUACAAGUGAGAGAAGACAUUAGCUUAAGUGCCAGAUGUUAAGUGAUUUUAUUUUGUUAAGCAUAAGAACAUAGGUGUUUGGGCUAAAUUUAUUGUUUUCUAAAAUAGAUUUUUUUUUAUUGUGGUCAAAUAUACAUUGCAUAAAAUUAUCAUUUUAACUAUGAUGAAAAGCAGCUCUUUGGCAUCAAGUGUUCACAUUCGUGUGCAGUCACGAGCAUCAUGUACUUACAUUUCUAAGAGGGCAUCAUCUACACAGCUGCAUUUCCGAGGUUCAAGGCUGAUGGGCAGAGAAGGGAAGAGUGGGUUUGAGACUUGGGGCAAGUCUUUAAUUUCAAAGGCAGACUUUCUGCCACGCACAACUGUAACUAAAGUAUCUCCCAGAGGAGAGAAUGGAGAGUCUAGGUGUGAAUCCAUCAUGCACUGGAAUUGUUCUCACUUUCUACAUUCUCUAUCCUGUUCUCAGCUCUAACCUCAUAUAUGUCAGUAAGAUUUAUAAGUAUGUUUUACAUGACUUGGAUGUGGUAUAUAUUUUUAUAUUAAAUGACCUAUAAGCACAAUUGUACCCUUUAGUAAGCCAUUGUGAAAUGCCAGUAGUUAUUUUCCUUUUAAGAUUGUGGGUAUCUGCUGACCAGAGUCUUUGUCCCAGUACACCUCUGUAUUCACAGGUUUGUUAUGAACCUUAAGGAAGUGAGUU